UCUCUCUCUCCAUCGCUCGCCUGCUUCCUGCGCGAAACAGUACAGCGACACGAUGUAACAGUGGAAAUUUCAAACACCACCACGGACAGAACAGACCUGGUAUGGUGCUGCUACUCAUCAGCAGCAUGUGAGUCGUAGUUGAACAGCCUCUUUGACCAUAAACCAUCAGUCAAUCCCCCCUUCCUUUUUCCUCUCCUCUGUCGCUCUCACGGCACGACUCCUUCGUGCCCCAAAAUGAACCAACAUAUAUAGAAGCAAGGAGACGAACAGCAAGCCCAAGGCGACAGAAAGAUUCAUUCGUUCCCCUCCGCAGACCCUUUGAACAAAACGAUGGAUCUCACGGCUCCCAAAUGGUAUUACCGUCAAGACCCAUCGGAGUAUUCAUCUCAUCGGGAGGCGCCCAUGGACUACCGGAGGAGCUCAAGCAACAACCCUUUCGUGGACGCGGACGCAUUCCCCGACCCGCUUUGCAAGCUCAACCUCAGAGAGACAGCUGAGUUCGUCAAGUCAUUCCCUGUCGUGGGAACCAUGACCUAUAACAACGGCACCAGAAACCCGACAGAGGGUGGGGGCGUUCUUGAGGUUUCAGCGCAGAGGAGGAGAGAUGGAGUGAGCUCGGUCACGAGCAGGAGGACAGAGACCCCCGCGACUCUGCUUCAGGCUCCUUCAACUCCCGGUAGGCCUGUGUUCAGCUUCAGCGUGGGCAAGAACUUGUCCAGACGGAGCUUCCCUUCCAAGUGGGACGACGCAGAGAAGUGGCUCAUGAGCAGCUCUUCUUGUCACAACUCGCCCGCGCACGCCCUGAAGCCAUUCGAACCACCUAGAAUGUCCAGGCACAGCAUCAGCAACAUCGAGGUCUUUGCGGAGAAGUCAAGGGUCACCGAGGAAGUAGUCUCGGUGGUCUCUCAGUUUCAGGAGUCUCUGUCUAUGGGCCAUGAAAAUCCACCCACAGCAUUGAAUGGGGUCUCACCUGCCUCUGCGGAUGUGCUCCUAAAAGAUAAGUUCACGGACGAUGUGGACACCAUAUUGCCGAAAUUCAGAUGCACCGACCCGUCCAGAGAAGGCUUCUUGUUCAGGAACUCGGCCAGUGAAACAAUGAAAGAUGCAGGCACAGAGGUCCACCACAGAGACGCAGGCACAGAGAUGACUCCGCUGGGCAGCUCCCCCAACUCCAGGUGCCACACCCCGUACAAGUUCUCGUCCCCGCCGAGGCACAACACACCGGCCGAUCGGUCAGGCCCAUUGGGUAUGGACACUUGCUACAGCAACAAUGGAGGAAUCACCGCCAUCGACAUGAAUCAGCUCAAGGAGUGCCACCUGGCCAAGCUCCAGCUUGGGACACAGUAUGACUCCAUUGCCUCCAACUGGAGCUCCAGGGAAGAGGAGGAGGAGGACGUUUCGAAGAGCCUGAGGCAUUUUGAGACCCACAACGCCAAUGGGUUUCAGAAAUCCGGUGUUCCAGAGUCCAGAACGGGCGCUGCAUCGUGGGAGGAGGAGGAGAAGUUGAAGUGCUGCCUCAGGUACCAGAGGGAAGAGGCAAAGAUUCAAGCUUGGGUGAACCUUGAGAGUGCAAAAGCUGAAGCUCAGUCCAGAAAGCUUGAGGUUAAAAUACAAAAGAUGAGAUCAAACCUAGAAGAGAAGCUGAUGAGGAGAAUGGCAAAUGUGCACAGAAGAGCAGAGGACUGGCGAGCACAGGCCAGGCAACAGCACAGUGACCAAAUUCAGAAGGCCACUGAACCAGCCAAGAAGAUCAUCAACCACCUCCACCACCAAGAUUCCCACUUUUCUGGUUAUGUCUCCUGUGGUUGCUUCCCGUGCACUAGCCAUCACUGAUCGCAAGAACAUGUUUUCCCUUUUCCCCUUCGAUGCCUGGGUGCUUCCGGGUCGAUCCCAGCUUGAGUCCACAUAACCAUUUCCCUUUUUUCCCUACACAAUUCUAUAGUCUCUGCUUUUAACAAGGGAUGGUUGCAAAGAGCUUACUGACAAGACAGAACAGCCACAGCCAGCAGUCUACACCUAGGAACUCAAAAGAGGAUUCUUUCGUAGAAUAGGUGAGGUGAGGCUCAUGUACAGGCACAUGGUGAUUUAAAGGCUUUGACAGAAGAGCAUCUGAGACGUGUUAGUGGAACGGUUCCU